AUGUCUACGGCCGGUAAAUCUCGAUGGGCGGACACGGAAGAAGACGCUGAGCUGGAAUCCAGAAUUCGGCAAGAAAAGGAAGAAAAGCGACGCAGAAAGGCAGAAAAGGCAGAGAAGGCGCGCAGACUUGAGGGGGAACGGCAGGCCGCCGCUGCGGCUUCGCGCGACAACGACGAGCAGCACCCUUCCAAGCGCCGUAAGCUGACACCAGAGCAGACCGCGAAAGAUGGUCAAGGGACUUUGGCUGGCGACCAAAGCCCGCCUGCAAAGUUGCUGCGCUUCGAGACGGGCUCGUGGGGCCGCAGCAGCAGCGUUGAAGACUACGACAAGCUCAACGACAUUGAGGAGGGCACAUAUGGCUGGGUUGCGCGUGCAACGCGACGGGCCACUGGCAAAGUGGUGGCGCUGAAGCGUCUAAAGCUGGAUCCCGCGGACCGCAGCGGGCUGCCGGUAACUGGGUUGCGAGAGAUACAGAUUCUGCAUGAUUGCAAGCAUCGCAAUGUCGUCACCCUCGAGGAAGUCGUUGUUGGCAGCGACGUGAACAGAAUGGAUAAUUCGAUCUUUCUGGUUCUCGAAUUUGUCGAGCAUGAUAUCAAGAGCAUUCUGGACGACAUGCCGGAACCGUUUCUAGCUUCGGAAAUCAAGUGUCUCUUGCAACAGCUCACUGUAGGUGUGGCCUACUUGCACGAGAAUUGGAUACUGCACCGCGACCUCAAGACAUCCAACCUGCUGCUCAACAAUCGCGGCCAGCUCAAGAUUGCCGACUUCGGCAUGGCUCGCUACGUGGGCGAUCCCGCACCCAAACUCACUCAGCUCGUAGUGACACUCUGGUACCGCGCGCCCGAGCUGCUCCUGGGUGCCAAGGCAUACGACACCGCCGUCGACAUGUGGAGCGUGGGCUGCAUCUUUGGCGAGCUGAUUGCCCGCGAGCCUCUCCUACAGGGCGCUAAUGAAGCGGACCAAGUGACCAAGAUCUUUGAGCUGUGCGGUGUGCCGACUGAAGAAUCGUGGCCCGGCUUCCGCAAACUCCCCAACGCGCGGUCACUGCGGUUCCCCAAGACGGCGGCCGUCACGGGCUCCCUGAUACGCGCUAAGUUUCCCAGCAUGACGUCCGCCGGUGCUGCGCUGCUUACGGAGCUUCUGGCGCUUGACCCAGACGCUCGUCCAUCCGCCAAGCAAAUGCUGCAGCACGAGUACUUUCGCCAGGACCCAAAGCCCAAGCCGGAAAGCAUGUUUCCGACAUUCCCUAGCAAGGCUGGCCAGGAGCGACGGCGGCGGCAUGAGCCGAAUGCUCCUGUGCGGGGGCAGCAAGCGGCGUCGCUGGGUGAUGUGGACUUGAGUGGCAUUUUGCAAGGCAGAGACCAGGAAGAGCGCGGUGGAGGAUUCAGCUUGCGCAUGAGACCGCCGAUUGUGCCCCACCAGUAUUUUGUCUGUCCCAUAUCCCCACCACCGCCCGCCAAACCUCUGAACCUCGCAUACACACCUACCCCAGCUUCGCCGCCUCUCGAGCUCGCUCUCACCGUAUCAGCGCCCGUGGCCGCCCAUACAGCUUCCUCGACGACUAAAAGUGAGAAACUUGAAAAUUCUAUUGGCAUUGUGUCGGAACUCCGACUGAGCGAGGGCCAGCGACGUGCCCACGAUACCACGAGACCACAAACACGAAAAUACAGCCCACUACCCCACGAAGAGAACCAAAUCCAAAUAUCACACACAAUCAUGCCAUAUUUCAAGACCGGACAGGAAUGGCUGGACCAGUCCACGUUACUGAUUCAGGCCAGCCCUACCACCACCAAAAUCACAACGCGAUACUCGAUAAAGGCCGUCAAGCGCCGCAAACCAUCCACCGCCAAUGUCGCCCCCGCCACCGGCCCCGCCACCGCCGAGAAGCCGCCGCGCGCCGAGCUCGUCCUCAAGACAUUUGACCCCCGCAGCGGCGUCACGCUCAAGUAUCGCACGACCAAGGCGGCCGAGGUGUCGCGUCUGAUGGGCGCCGCCAUGGGCCAGCUGGGCCGGAGCAUGGCCGCGCUGCCCGAGGCGCCACCGGAGGAAUCCAUGCCGGAUGCCGCUGCCGCCGCUGAGGAGGAGCAGCAGAAGCAGCCCCAGCAGACACAGCAGCCGCAGGCGCAGAGUACGCCGGCGCCGGCGGGAGGUGGCGGUGGAGGCAAGAAGAAGAAGAAGGGCAAGAAAUAG